UCUCGGGUCCAGCUUCGGUCCUGCCGCCGCCGCCGCCGCCUUCCCCGGUCCGCGGGAGCCUUGCCGGCCGCCCUCCCCACAGCAUGGCACCAUCGGGGCUGGAUUAGCCGGGAGCAGCAUUUGGGGGAAGCGAGAUCUCGAGGGGUGGGGGGUGCCCUGCAGCCUCGGUCAUGGAUGUGAGCAAGAUGACUGUCAGCAUCAAUAAGGCCAUUAAUACACAGGAAGUGGCUGUAAAGGAAAAACACGCCAGAACGUGUAUUCUGGGCACCCACCAUGAGAAAGGGGCGCAGACCUUUUGGUCUGUUGUCAACCGGCUGCCCCUUUCCAGCAAUGCUGUGCUCUGCUGGAAGUUCUGCCACGUGUUCCACAAACUUCUCCGAGAUGGACACCCAAAUGUCCUGAAGGACUCUCUGAGAUACAAAAAUGAGUUGAGUGACAUGAGCAGGAUGUGGGGCCACCUGAGUGAGGGUUAUGGACAGCUUUGUAGCAUCUACCUCAAACUGCUGAGAACGAAGAUGGAAUACCACACCAAAAAUCCCAGGUUCCCAGGCAACCUUCAGAUGAGUGACCGGCAGCUGGACGAGGCUGGAGAGAGUGACGUUAACAACUUCUUCCAGCUAACAGUGGAGAUGUUCGACUACCUGGAGUGUGAACUUAACCUCUUCCAAACUGUGUUCAACUCUCUGGACAUGUCCCGGUCCGUGUCAGUGACAACAGCUGGGCAGUGCCGCCUUGCUCCACUGAUCCAGGUCAUAUUGGACUGCAGUCACCUGUAUGAUUACACUGUCAAGCUUCUCUUCAAACUCCAUUCCUGUCUCCCAGCUGACACCCUUCAAGGUCACCGGGACCGUUUCAUGGAGCAAUUCACAAAGUUGAAAGAUCUGUUUUACCGCUCCAGCAACCUUCAGUACUUCAAGCGGCUCAUUCAGAUCCCCCAGCUGCCUGAGAACCCACCCAACUUCCUACGAGCCUCUGCCCUGUCAGAACACAUCAGCCCUGUGGUGGUAAUUCCAGCUGAGGCCUCGUCCCCUGACAGCGAGCCAAUCUUGGAGAAGGAUGACCUCAUGGACAUGGAUGCUUCUCAGCAGAAUCUAUUUGACAACAAGUUUGAUGACAUCUUUGGCAGCUCAUUCAGCAGUGAUCCCUUCAAUUUCAACAGUCAAAACGGUGUGAACAAGGAUGAGAAGGAUCACUUAAUUGAUCAAUUAUACCAAGAGAUCAGUGGGCUGAAGGCACAGCUGGACAACAUGAAGACUGAGAGCCAGCCAGCCGUGCUGCAGCUGAAGGGCCACAUCAGCGAGCUGGAGGCCGAGCUGGCUGAGCAGCGGCACCUGCAGCAGCAGGCAGCCGAUGACAGUGAGUUCCUUCGGGCAGAAUUGGAUGAGCUGAAGAAGAAGCGAGAGGACACGGAGAAGGCACAGCGGAGCCUGACAGAGAUAGAAAGGAAAGCGCAGGCCAAUGAGCAGCGGUACAGCAAGCUGAAGGAGAAGUACAGUGAGCUGGUACAGAACCAUGCUGACCUGCUGCGGAAGAAUGCAGAGAUAACCAAACAAGUAUCUGUGGCCAGACAAGCCCAGGUGGAUUUGGAACAAGAGAAAAGAGAGCUAGAGGAUUCCUUCCAGCGCAUAAGUGAGCAGGCCCAGCGGAAGACUCAAGAACAGACGGAAGUACUAGAGAACUUGAAGCAAGAACUUGCCACCAGCAAACAGGAACUCCAGAUUGUCCAAGGCAGCCUAGAAACUUCUGCCUUGGCAGAAGUAAAAUGGGCAACCCAGAUUGCCAACCUGGAGAAAGAACGGGGCAGCUUAGUGAAUGCCAUGGCUCGGCGGGAGGAAGAAUUCUCUGCUCUUCAGGAACAGCUGGAAUCCACCCAGCUCAAACUGUCUAGCACACAGGAAUCUGCGUGCCAGCUCGCAAAGGACCAACGAAAAAUGCUUCUGGUAGAGUCGAGGAAGGCUGCGGAGCAGGUGAUACAAGAGGCCCUGAGGCAGUUUGAGGAGCCCACUCUCAUCAGCUGUGCUGGAUCUGCAGAUCACCUUCUCUCCACGGUCAAGUCUGUUUCCAACUGCAUUGAGCAACUAGAAAAAUGCUGGAGCCGGUAUCUGGCCUGCCCAGAAGAUAUCAGUGGGCUUCUGCGCUCAGUAACCCUCCUUGCACACUUGACCAGUGACACUAUUGUUCAAGGUAGCACCACCUGCCUUAGAGCCCCACCGGAGCCUGCUGAUGCACUGACCGAGGCCUGUAAGCAGUUUGGCAAGGAAGCCCUCAUGUAUCUGACUUUGCUGGAGGAGGAAGGAACUCUUGAGAAUGUCAACAGCACAGCCAUGAGGAGCUGCCUCAGCAAGAUCACAGCCAUUAGCGAGGAGCUCCUGCCCAGAGGCCUAGACAUCAAACAGGAGGAGUUAGGGGAUCUGGUGGACAAGGAGAUGGCUGCCACUUCAGCUGCCAUUGAAACAGCUACGGCCAGAAUAGAGGAGAUGCUCAGCAAAUCCCGAGCAGGAGACACGGGAGUCAAACUGGAAGUGAAUGAAAGGAUUCUUGGUUCAUGUACCAGCCUAAUGCAAGCUAUUCAGGUCCUGAUUGUGGCUUCAAAGGACCUUCAGAGAGAGAUAGUAGAGAGUGGCCGGGGCACAACAUCCCCUAAAGAGUUUUAUGCUAAGAAUUCUCGAUGGACAGAAGGACUCAUCUCAGCCUCCAAAGCUGUGGGCUGGGGAGCCACGGUCAUGGUUGAUGCAGCCGAUCUGGUGGUACAAGGCAGAGGGAAGUUUGAAGAGCUAAUGGUUUGUUCCCAUGAAAUUGCUGCUAGCACAGCCCAGCUUGUAGCUGCAUCCAAGGUGAAAGCUAAUAAGGACAGCCCGAACCUGGCCCAGCUGCAGCAGGCCUCUCGCGGGGUGAACCAGGCCACUGCCGCUGUUGUGGCCUCAACCAUUUCUGGAAAAUCACAGAUUGAGGAGACAGACACCAUGGACUUCUCAAGCAUGACGCUGACCCAGAUCAAACGCCAGGAGAUGGAUUCCCAGGUUAGGGUGCUGGAGCUAGAAAAUGAACUGCAGAAAGAACGUCAAAAACUAGGAGAGCUUCGAAAAAAGCACUAUGAGCUUGCUGGUGUUGCUGAGGGUUGGGAAGAAGGAACAGAAACAUCUUCACCUGCACUGCAAGAAGCGGUAACCGAAAAAGAAUAGAGGCCCACCGGCCCCCCACACAUCAGAGUUCUUUUCAGUUUCAUCAUUUGCACAAACUUGUGAGCAUCAGAGGGCUGGUGGAUUCCAAACAAGGACAUUACCCUGAGUCUGUGCGCAGAGUCAGAAGAACCGCGAGAGCGUCCGGGCUAACAGUGCCAGGGCAAUGCUCUCCCUCUUUUGGCAGUUCCAUGGAUUCCCACUGCUUCUUAUGGUGGUUGGUUGGGUUUUUUGGUUUUCUUUUUUCAAGUUUCACUCACAUAGCCAACUGUCCCAAAGGGAACACCUCUGAAGCUCCAAGCUCUCAGGGGCCCCAGACCACAGCAGUUAACAGCAAUGGUGCUGCUCAGGCUUCACCUUGGUGCUCCCGGUCAGCCUCCAUGCCAAGUGUCCUGCUGAGCCAGUGCAGGGCAGCCAAGGCCACUCCCCAGGGUUGGGCGGAGCUGCUGAGCCACAGCUUUCCUCCAAAGGCAGAAGUGGAGCGAGUGCCUUUCCUUCCUAAAAGCUGGAGCCCAGCUGAAAGCUUCUGCCCACCUUCACAAGCAAGAGGGCCACAGAAAGAGGGAAAGGAGGGUGGACACAGCCCAUGUUUUCAGAAGACAUCUUUCUUGGGAACUCCUUGUGACCAGGCUGAAAAAAACCUUAUCACAUGCUUGAGUGGAGCUGGUGAGAGUAGCCACACCUCUUCCCCAAGGCAGGGCCCUAAGAAGGGAGCGUGUGAGGGAUUUCCAGUUCCUUUCUCCAAAUGUCUGCCUGCCUUGGUGUCCACUUGAAUCUGAAGAAGAUAGUUCCAUGUUCUACCUAAUAGACAGACCCAGAAAAAUCAGGCAAACUUCCUCCCAGUAGGAAAGGACCCUGUACUUGGUUUGGUACCCUUAAUAUUUAUUACUAACCUCCAUUAAGCAGCAGCAGCAGCAGCAGCAGCAGCAGCAGCAGCCUACAAAAAGAUGCUUGGAGCAAUUAGGAUUUCAGGUAUGACUAUAAGACUUGAAUUGCUGCCCUAUACAGCAGUCUUCAAGAAUCAGAAACAAGGCUAAGAUGCCGUCCCGAUCUGUUACUGGCUUAAAUCAUGAAGCAUGCAGGGUUCCUCAGAGUGUCCAGGUCAAGGAAAACAAAAAAGGGGACCGAUGGCUCUGAUCCCUUUCAGCCACACAUCCCGGGCUCUUGUUGCCCUGUGGACAGGAUGAGGAUGGAGGGCACAUUAACAGCCUCAUAGAUACAGGCAGCCUGACAGUACUUCUCCACUUCCAGAUGGACCUCCCAGCAUUUAAGUGACCUUUCAAUAUUGAACAAACAAUGUCUUCCUUAUCUGUAGCAACUCUUAGAUAGUGGCCAACAAGUAGUUCCCAGGACCUGUCCCACAGGAAUGUUGCUAAAUGUGGCCAUAACAGGUUGUGAGACUCCUGUUUGAUCACUGUGAAUCAAUCCCCCCUUCUCCCUAAACACCACCCCCACUCCCCCAACUCUGUCUCCGUGCAUUUUCUAAGUAGGGCAUUCAAAAAAAAUUCCCAUUAGCUCGGAUUGUGAGACUCAGACACAUGAUCUCCACACUGGGCUAAAAAGGGCUCAGCAAUAGAUACUGAGUACGCUCAUGUUUAAUGCUUCUUUGUGCUCAGCAUUUUUCCAUCUGAGGUUCAGAAGGAGUGGUGUGCGGCAUCCUCGGCCCACUUGUGCCAAUUCAUCCGAUCAGUGUGUUCUCAGUGUGGGUCAACAUUUCCAUAGGUAGCUAGUCCUUGCUUCUAGAAUCUCGGCCAUUCAAACAGUUGUGUUUAAC